UCUCAUUUAACGUUCCGAGGAAAUGCUCGAUUUAUACUUUUUUAGCGUAGUUACAGCUGUCGUCAGUUUGCUCAUCGUAUUCAUUGUAUUUGCAUUUAAGAGCAUUGUAUGGGUGUUUAUUGUGACGAGUAUUUACGCAAUCGCCUGUUUUUACGCGAUUCCGUUGCUGCAAAGUGUCGAUAGCUUGUUGACGAGAUUCAAUAUCGUAAAUGGCAAGUUCAUCGCGAGGUACGAGAUCAAGAAUUCGUGCAGCGUCUGCAGCAACAACACCUGCACGAGGCACAAGUUAUUGCCGCAUUCAACGAAGGUCAAGGUUCCCAAAGACUUCGACCUCGCGCUAGAACAGCUUUUGGAAAAGAUACUGCAAAUUUACGUCUGCGCGUGGUACUCGGAUUUUUCAACGAAUAAGGCUUUCAUACAACAGCUGCGUCUAGCUAUAACGACCGCGGCAAAAAAUAUUGCCAUACGAUUGCUACGCGCGGACAUAGGGACUAUCAUAUUUUGUGAUUUGAUUCCUCUGGCUAUACAACACGCUCAAGAUUGGAAUGUGCUCGUUAAGAAAUCAAAGUCUGAAAUUAGAAUGCCGCAGGAUUACAUCGGCAGUUACCUGAGCUCGAAAAUUCAUCCGGCAGCUUUCUCGAGGAAGGCUGAGUUGAACUAUUUGCGCGGACUGGCCACCGCACUGCUGCCGCAUUUGUUACCCGCCAUACAUGUUUCGGCAAACAACAAAGUAAUACUUCGAGAAAUUUUGGCAAACUGGGUGUUGUUACCAGCAAUCGACGCACUUGCCGAUCCAGAAAAUAUAAACAUGCUAGUAAACUUGUCCACUCAUCGCGAUACCUCUUUGUCUGAUGCCGCGGAGAGUGUCAAUGUACCAAUGUUGCAGUCCUGGGUGACGCUUCCAGCGAUGCAUUCGCACAUCACACAAAAUUAUUUCAAACCGUCGUUGACUGAGGUCUUGAACGAUCCCGAACUGUUGUACAUGUUUAUGCAACACAUUAAAGAGACAGGACCCAUGAAUCUUCUUCAAUUUUGUUUGGAUAUUGAUGAUCUGAGUAAACAUAUGCUGAAUCCGGAAAUGACGUCAAGCGCUGAGAAAAGCUUGUAUGUAGACGUUCAGAAUAUGUACACGGUUUAUCUUGAUCCCGACGGUCCGGAAUAUCUGUAUUUGCCGCUACACAUAUCGAAAGGCAUACAACAAAUAUUGGAAGGUGGGCCAGAAAAAAUUCAAGAGCUACGAACGUCACGACCGUUCUACCAAGCUCACCAAGAAGCUCAUGCACUCCUCGAAAGCACUUGUCUACCGUCAUUCCAUCACAGCUAUCAGCUGUAUAAACGCUUGUGCGGUCGUUUAGUGUCGGAGCAAACAAAAGCGAAUGCGACGAGAACUAUCGCAGCCAAUGCGAGCGGAGGCGCUUUGACUCUUGUACGAUCCAACAAUCAACCGAGCAAAAUGGACGGGAUUCUACGCACAACCACAAUGGACGGUGCUCCGUUUCAACUACAGGAUUAUCCGGUCGAGGAAGUAGAUUGCACCGCUCGAGCGUAUAAUGAAAUCAAAGGCUUCAAGAGUCGUCGUGAUUUAACGACGUGGCGUGUUGCCGUCCCACACGUGGACGGCGGCGGCACGCAACCAGUUUACAUGAUUGCCAUCCACAGCGUAGCGGAGGCCAAGUCGUGGACGGUUUUGCGACAAGAUCAAGAUUUCUACGCGCUGCGAACGCGACUCGCCGAGUUCCACGGCGAUAAGGAGCUGAGCGAUUCGCCGUUACCGUCGCGCAAAAACCCCCAUUUACCUCUUACCGCUAACCGCCAGCGUUACGAGGAGUUUUUGCAGAAGUUGCUGUCCAAGCCGAUGCUGAGGAGCAGCGAGCUCCUCUACACCUUUCUGACGACGCCGCACUUGAAACCGUACUUCGCGAACUACAGCACGCCCGACAUCGGCAUUCUGUAUCAGAGCAUGGCUUACAAAUUGCGCAAGGAAAAGGGACAGCAUCUCGACAAGUUUAUGAGCACGUUUCUGGCGUCCACGAACACGAAAUACGAGCAUAUGGACGUGGGCGUCGAACCGUCGAGCGAUCACGAUCUCGACGUGAAGAGCAAAGGCAGAAAGCUCAUGGACGGUGUAUUUGGCAAUAAUCUGGAUCUACCCACUGCUUUUCAGAAUUUUCCGUGCAACUUGCCGCAGCGUGAUCACGUAAGGGGUGCGAGUUUGUGCAUUAUGGAAGCUGUGGAUGGUUUGCUGAACGUGCCCUCGAUCAUCUCGCGACUCUUCUGGGUGUUCGCUUCUUUGUCGCGUAAGAAACUGGAUCCUAUUGUUAACGCGAUGUUUUACAACAUGCUGAUUAAGCUUCUGAGCGGCGGUCGCGCCUCUAUUGUCGUCAAACUCCUACACGCAAAAAUAGUAGGCGGGAAUUACGUGAAGGACUUUUCUUCGCAAGACAAAUGUCGCGAUUACUGUAAGACUGCCAAAGAAGGAUUGUAUUCCUUGUUACCAUGGUGGCUAAUAGGACUGUCCAAGCCUUGGAACAAGCUGAUGGAUUCUCUGUUGGAUCCCCUGCAAAAUGCGCCCUUCAACAAACAUCUGGCAUACUUUUUGCUUGAUCAUCUCUUGGUGAAUCUUUUUCCGGAAGUGCCGGCAUAAAAGGAAAAGAAAACACACAAUACACACAUAGAAAUGUACAUAAACAUUUUUUUACACAAGGUGUCCGAAAGCUACCGGAAAAUAUUUCAACUUCUUUGGAACGUUCUGAGAUCUCCGUCGUGGCCAGAGGUUGAGUAACUUUAACGAUCCUUAAUCGCUCGUAAUUUAAAAGCUAUUGUAUAUAGUCUCUUUACUUUCCCAUUGAAAUUUCGUUUUGGAACGUGCCAAAGAAUCUACCGAAAUAUUUUUCGGUAGGUUUUUUUAGGAAACACCUUGUACACUACAUAGAUGUAAAGUGCAUGUAUAUAACGUAAAGAGGUUUUCUUAAAUAAAGAUUUUUAUCAAGA